CACAGACUCGAUUUUCAAAUCACUUUCUAAUUCCCAUCUUUUCUUCUGGGAAAUUCAACGAGCGUUCCGCAACUCUGUAUUUGAUUUUCAUUCCCUUUCAGAUUGCGAACACACAAGAUGGCUCCCGCCGUCGGUAUUGAUUUGGGCACGACCUACUCGUGCGUGGGUGUUUUCCGUGAGGACCGGUGCGAAAUCAUCGCCAAUGACCAGGGCAACCGGACAACUCCGUCCUUCGUCGCCUUCACAGACACCGAGCGCCUCAUCGGUGAUGCUGCCAAGAACCAGGUCGCCAUGAACCCUCACAACACCGUCUUUGACGCCAAGCGCCUGAUUGGUCGCAAGUUCACCGACCCCGAGGUUCAGGCCGAUAUGAAGCACUUCCCCUUCAAGGUCAUUGAGCGCAAUGGCAAGCCCGUCAUCGAGGUCGAGUUCAAGGGCGAGACCAAGGUCUUCACCCCCGAGGAGAUCUCCUCCAUGGUCCUGACCAAGAUGCGCGAGACUGCCGAGUCCUACCUCGGUGGCACCGUCACCAACGCUGUCAUCACCGUCCCCGCCUACUUCAACGACAGCCAGAGGCAGGCCACCAAGGACGCCGGUCUCAUUGCCGGCCUCAACGUCCUCCGCAUCAUCAACGAGCCCACUGCUGCCGCCAUUGCCUACGGUCUCGACAAGAAGGCCGAUGGUGAGCGCAACGUCCUCAUCUUCGAUCUUGGCGGCGGUACCUUCGAUGUCUCCCUCCUCACCAUCGAGGAGGGUAUCUUCGAGGUCAAGUCCACUGCCGGCGACACCCACCUGGGUGGUGAGGACUUCGACAACCGUCUCGUGAAUCAUUUCAUAGCUGAGUUCAAAAGGAAACACCGCAAAGAUCUCUCCACCAACGCCCGUGCGCUGCGGCGUCUCCGCACCGCUUGCGAGCGUGCCAAGCGCACUCUCUCGUCGUCUGCCCAGACCUCGAUUGAGAUCGACUCUCUCUACGAGGGUAUCGACUUCUACACGUCCAUCACCCGUGCUCGCUUCGAGGAGCUGUGCCAGGACCUCUUCCGCUCGACUCUCCAGCCCGUUGACCGUGUCCUGACGGAUGCCAAGAUCGACAAGUCUCAGGUCCACGAGAUCGUGCUCGUUGGUGGCUCGACUCGUAUCCCUCGCAUCCAGAAGCUGAUCAGCGACUACUUCAACGGCAAGGAGCCCAACAAGUCGAUCAACCCUGAUGAGGCUGUUGCCUACGGUGCCGCCGUUCAGGCCGCCAUUCUCUCUGGCGACACCACGUCCAAGUCGACCAACGAGAUUCUCCUGCUCGAUGUCGCUCCGCUGUCGCUCGGUAUCGAGACUGCUGGUGGCAUGAUGACCAAGCUUAUCCCCCGCAACACCACCAUCCCCACCAAGAAGUCCGAGGUCUUCUCGACCUUCUCCGACAACCAGCCCGGUGUGCUCAUCCAGGUCUAUGAGGGCGAGCGCCAGCGCACCAAGGACAACAACCUGCUGGGCAAGUUCGAGCUUACUGGCAUUCCGCCCGCCCCUCGUGGUGUUCCCCAGAUCGAGGUUACCUUCGACCUUGAUGCCAACGGUAUCAUGAACGUCUCCGCUCUGGAGAAGGGCACCGGCAAGACGAACAAGAUCGUCAUUACCAACGACAAGGGCCGCCUGUCGAAGGAGGAGAUCGAGCGCAUGCUUGCCGAGGCCGAGAAGUUCAAGGCGGAGGAUGAGGCCGAGGCUGCCCGUGUCUCUGCCAAGAACGCCCUUGAGUCGUACGCCUACUCGCUGCGCAACACUCUCAACGACUCCAAGGUUGAUGAGAAGCUCGACGCGUCUGAGAAGGAGAAGCUCAAGUCCGAGAUCGACAAGAUCGUUUCCUGGCUCGACGACAACCAGCAGGCCACUCGCGAGGAGUAUGAGGAGCACCAGAAGGAGCUUGAGAGCAUCGCCAAUCCCAUCAUGAUGAAGUUCUACGGUGCUGGCGCUGGCGGCAUGCCCGGCGGCAUGCCCGGUGCCGCUCCUGGUGGCUUCCCCGGCGCUGGUGGUGCUAGCAACGACAACGACGGCCCUACCGUUGAGGAGGUUGACUAAACGGGUGGUUAACAUGAGGGCCGGCGUUUCUGCUUUUCUUUGCGCUAGUAGAUUAAAUCCGUGUCGGCGAGAUGCCAGAUGCUCUCUCUCUUGGGAUGCGGAUUAUCGGGAAUGGGUUAACUCCUAGAUCUGGUUUUUCUUUGAUGAUCAUGAUAAAGGGGGAAAAGGGAGGCUGCAUGGGCUGUACUUUAGUUACGAUUCCCGUUUUCCUUUCGAUGAAUUAAAGGAAUUCUUCAAGACAUUCAUUCG